AUGACCGUCACUCCAGCACCAGCCAUGAUCCACCUGGAUGGCAGCACUCUCGAAGGAGGUGGCCAGCUCGUUCGUAUCGCAGUUGCGCUCUCUGUCCUCACCGGCAAACCGGUCAACGUCACGAACAUUCGCGGCAACCGCCAGGGUCGGAAAGGCCUCAAGAGGUCCCAUGUGGCCGCCGUUCAGUUCCUGGCGCAGCUGACGGGGGGCUCAGUUUCUGGUGCGGAGGUCGGAUCGUCCAUACUCAGCUUCUAUCCUGCGCAGCCCUUGUCUCGUCAGGAUGGCGGAUCGCCAGCAGUCCAACGUGACGUAGAGAUUGAGCUGCCAACGGCCGGCUCGAUCUUUCUCGUCUUCCAGGCCGUCUAUCCCUAUCUCUUGUAUGCCUGCGAGAGUCCAACACGCCUGACCAUCACGGGAGGCACCAACGUGCCCUUCUCUCCGUCGUUCGAUUACGUUUCCCAGGUCCUGAUACCCAAUUUCGCGAGGCUCGGACUCCCUCCACUGGCAGUCCAUCUGGAGAAAAGGGGUUGGGCCACAGGCCCGACCAGCCUGGGGAGAGUUGCGUUGGUGAUCGACCCUCUCAGCGCGCAGGACCGGCAGUGUCCUCGUUUCCCCCGGAUUGACUUCGCUCAGUUUCAACGCGGACAAGUGACCCGGGUGGAUAUCACCAUUCUUGCCCCGGACGAUCCGCUGGAAGGAGGGCCUGAGCGAACGACGAACCGACGCUCAGGUUGGCGUGCCGAGAGGCCUGCAGGAGACCACCAGGACCGGCCGCCGGAUCACUCACAAACCGUUCGGGGUUUCAUCGAGUGUGAAGCGCAUCGACAGCUCCGGACGAGGCUCAGACGGUUACCUCCGUGGCUCUACACUUGUCGAUCAGAGGCCUUCUCCACGACCGUCGAGUCUGCCAUACCCGUCAGAACGCACGCGUCCGAGUCAACCAGUCAUCCGUCGCAGAUCUACCUGCUUCUCGUGGCGCACACGUCGACGGGGUUCAAGAUCGGGUAUGACGCACUGUCAGGAGCAAUGAAGACCGGCGGCCCCCGGUCGAAGCGACGAGACGGCGCAAACCGAGCUGCCACGGCGGCCCAGAGUCUGGUGGAUGCGUGCGUCGACGGGUUCAUUCGCGAGCUGCACGAUCCCCAGCUGCAAGCCGAUCCCGUGGCGGCCCUGCGCCAGCCUUGCGUAGACGAGAAGAUGCGCGACCAGUUGGUGGUGUUCGAGGCGCUGGGAGGGAAACCCGGAGACGAGCAGAGUGAGGACGAGCGAUACUGGAGUUUGCACACGUUGACGGCGCAAUGGGUGUGCCGGGAGAUGCUGGAGGAGUGA